AAGUUGUGUUUGAAACGCACUUAUAAAUAAACGUCAAAAAUCGGGCCCUCAAGAGGCCCGUAUUUUUAUUGUAAAUUUCGAGUAAAGCUAUAACAAUGUGUUCUAGAAUAUUAACCUUAGGAAAUGUGUUACAUAAACCUCUUAGUUUAGUGUUUAGGCAGAAGCCUGCACUUCAAAACAAUAUAAAUUCUAACCUCCAAAAGGCAUAUUUUAACACUACUCCAGUGGCCUGCAUAUCGUUUUUCAACAAAUUGCCUGCUGAAAAGUUAUGGAAGUCAGUGACAUCAGUCAGUAACCCUGGUGCAAAGAAGGGUAGAGGUAGAGGAGCCGGUCGCAUCAGAAUCAGAGAUUUAAACAGAGGCCAAGUUAUUGGUAUUGGUAAAGUGAACAUGCUGUGGCCCGGUCUAUCAGCACCGGUGAUCAGGGGACGAGAGUUAUUGAAACAACAAAGAUUACCGGAUGACCCAGAAAGAAUGGAAAAGUUGAUCAAAAUCAGAGAUUCCAUGACACACUUUCGCCGCUUCAAGUUAAGUCCAAUUGAAAGAGGAUGGUCAGGUUUCCGAAUGCCUGGACGUAAAAUUGGACCCCCAGACCCAAUAGGAGAGGAUGAGUACCACGGAUUUGAUACAAUUGUCCUUCAACUAAGAUCCCUUCUCAUAAUGAAAGGCAGUUUGGGACGUACAAGGAAUGUCCAAGCUAUGGUUGUGACAGGAAACGGCCAAGGCUUGGCAGGUUUUGGGUUUGGGAGGUCCAAGGAAGCUCCAGCUGCACUGAGGAAGGCCAAGAACCGAGCUGGACAGAAGCUCAUGCAUUUCGAAAUCUACAACGGUCACACCAUAUUCCACGAUUUCUACACUCAGUUCGGCAAGACGAAGAUCUACGUGCAGCAGAAGAACAAAGGCUACGGGCUGCAGUGCCACCGCGCCAUCAAGGCCAUCUGCGAGGCCAUCGGCAUCAAGGACCUGAGGGCCAAGGUCGAGGGGUCUGACAACCUGCAGCACAUUGUCAAGGCAUUCUUCAUUGGGCUGCUGCAACAGAGGAACCACCAGCAACUGGCUGAAGAGAAGAAACUGCACUUAGUUGAGUUCAAGGCAGAAAACGAAAACUUCCCAAAAGUAAUCGCCAGCCCUUCAACCGUUAGGACCAAGGAGGAGAUAGGCAAAGACGAAACCCUGGACUUCACACAGUAUGUGAUGAACGACAGGCUGAUUUUGAAAAAGAAGAAAUACCCGAGAUUCUACGAAAAGAUGCCACACUACAAGAUCUUCCUGAGGAAGUAUGAAAAGUACAGAAACCACGCGAAGAUCAGGCAAGAUUUGAAGGUGGAGUAUGGAGAGGUCAAGAGUUUCUUGACUGAUAAGUAUCCGGAGGAGAAAGUGCAAGAGGCGUAGUUUUUUUAGUGUGUAAUUAGUUUAGUGUUAGAUAAAUUGUAUAAUAAAUUAUAAGAAUAU